CGAAUUUGACACAAUAGGGUAAACAUGGCGAGCCUAGCAGAUGUCGGCUGGAAACUCCUGGAAUUCAAAGCCCGGUCAAACAGAUCAGAUUUGUGAUUUAGCUGAGCGAGACGAUUGGCCUUAAUUUCGCCUUUUGAGAAUGGCCGCCAGUGCCCGGCCUCGUCGGAACAUUCAGAGACUUGGUUCCAUCUAUGAACCUCUCAAGCUGUCCACUCUCCAGCGGGAUGAUGAGCCCCUAUGGGAGAAGCUGGACCGUUACUACAAUGCUGUCAAGACAACCAUUCUGAACUACCAGAGUCCGACCACCGGCCUUUUCCCCGUCAAAACAUGCUCCACCUGCAAGGAGGCCAAGGUCCGGGACUCCCUCUUCUGUGCUGCCAGUGCCUGGGCCCUGGCUAUGGCUCACCGACGCAUUGAUGACGAUAUGGGGCGAACCCAUGAACUGGAGCAUUCUGCCAUCAAGUGCAUGAGAGGGAUCCUCUACUGCUACAUGAGGCAGGCUGAUAAGGUGGAGCAGUUUAAACAGGAUCCCAGCCCCUCCAAGUGUCUGCACUCUGUGUUUGAUGUAGACACGGGUGACGAGGUUCACUCCUACAACGACUACCACCACCUGCAGAUCGAUGCUGUUUCUCUGUUUCUGCUGUAUCUGGUGGAGAUGAUCUGCUCUGGUCUGCAGAUCAUUUACAACACAGAUGAGGUUUCCUUCAUCCAGAACCUGGUUUUCUGUGUGGAACGAGCCUACAGGGUGCCUGACUACGGCAUGUGGGAGAGAGGCAGCAAAUACAACAACGGCAGCACAGAGCUGCACUCCAGCUCCGUGGGCCUGGCUAAAGCUGCUCUGGAGGCCAUCAAUGGAUUCAAUCUGUUUGGAAACCAGGGCUGUUCCUGGUCCGUGAUAUUUGUGGAUCUGGACGCCCACAACAGGAACAGACAAACCCUGUGCUCCCUACUGCCCCGAGAGUCCCGCUCACACAACACAGAUGCAGCCUUGCUUCCAACCAUCAGCUACCCUGCGUUUGCAGUAGAUGACGAUGCCCUCUACAGUCAGACGCUGGACAAGAUUGUCCGCAAGCUCCGGGGCAAAUACGGCUUCAAACGUUUCCUCCGUGACGGCUACCGCACCACCAACGAAGACAAGAAUCGCCGCUACUACAAACCUGCUGAAAUGAAGCUUUUUGAUGGAAUCGAGUGCGAGUUUCCCAUAUUUUUCAUCUACAUGAUGAUUGACGGGGUGUUCAGAGGAAAUAAAGCUCAGGUCAAAGAAUACCAGGACCUCCUUCAACCCAUCAUAUUCCUUUCUAACGAGGGCCAUGCUGUGAUCCCCAAAUACUACUACGUACCGGCUGACUUUGUGGAAGCGGAGCAAAACAAGCAUGGGAGCCAGAAGCGUUUCCCUAGCAACUCCGGCCGUGAUGGGAUGUUCUUCCUGUGUGGUCAGGCCCUUUACAACAUCGCCAUGCUGCUGGUGGAUGAGCUGAUCAGCCCUAAAGAUAUCGACCCCAUCCACCGGUACGUUCCCUACCAAGAGCAGCGCAACGUCAGCAUGCGAUACUCUAAUCAGGUGAGCAGGAUAACGUGACUGUGAUUGAUUGUC